AUGACGGAAAGGAAGUUGGUAGGGCUUUUGGAUAGGCUUGGUGCAAGGUUGUUUGCUUCUGUAAAAUUAAGCAACUAUGGUAAAAAAAUUGCUUCUUUGAAUAAUUUGAUCCGCUAUUUAUUUGUAAAAGAAUUCGUUCAGCAGUCUUAUUUGUUUGGUUUAUUCGAAUGGAAGGUGCAGUCUGGUCUACUGCGGAUUUUCAUUUGGAAAAAAAUAAAAAUGCCAACCAAAUUUUUUUUCCCCAUGAAUAAGUUAAAAAAUACAUGUUUUUUAAAAAACGCUACAGUUGAAGUUAAAGAGCACGACGUCAAGGGAAGAGCGUUUCCUUAA